AAAGCCAUCAAAACAAAUCUGUGCGAGAGAGAAUCAAAAACGAAGAAAACUCAAAAACUAUAAAAUCCAAAUAAAGCCUAAUCCCUAAUUUCUCUCAUCUCCCAAAAUUCGCUUCUCUAUUCGUUUUUUUUUCACCCCCACCAAAUAUUUAGAUUCUAUCGAUUUUUUUUUCUUAAUUUUUUUUUUGUAGUUUCAGUACUUAGAAAUUGCUUCUUCCUCUCAUAUCAUCAUCAUCGUUGAGCUCUGCCAGUCUCCGAGAACAGAAUUAUCCUUAAAAAAAAGAUCGAAGCGAAUCAUAACAAACAAAUUUUCGGGGGCUAUUUUUUUUUGCAUGGUGUUAUUCAUCGUGUCCAUAGCUAAAGCAAGCUUCAAUUCGUUUUCCUCUUCAGCUACAAAGGGAAGAAGAAGAUCAUAUGUGACAUUUGAUCUUUCGUUAUACUAGCCAGAUGGAUGAAAACAACGCGGCCAAGUUAACCGGUAUCAGGCAGAUUGUCAGGCUUAAGGAGAUUUUGCAGAAAUGGCAAACCGUCACCAUAGGCCCCAAGUCAGAAGUUCCUCCAUUGGCAGCUGGAAAGCAAGCAGUGGCGAUGAUUUCGCCCGCCAUCAACAAGAGGCUAUUAGAUGUCAAGAACGGUGACUCGGAUGAGGAAACCUGUCAAAGUCCUGAGCCGCCUCAUGAUGUUCCUAAAGGGAAUCUUGCUGUUUAUGUUGGACCGGAGCUAAGGAGGUUUAUCAUACCGACAAGCUAUCUUAGCCACUCUCUGUUCAAGGUUUUGCUCGAGAAAGCAGAGGAAGAGUUUGGGUUUGAUCAGAGCGGUGCGCUCACCAUCCCUUGCGAGGUCGAGACUUUCAAGUACUUGCUUAAGUGCAUGGAGAACAAUCUUAAAGAUCUUCAUCCUGAUGACAACUCUGGUAAGCCCCCCAAAGACCAACUCUUACCUAGAGAUCAUACCAUGAACUCAAAUCCUGGUGGCCAGCCAAGGCUUAAUCCAGGGACUGGGUUAAAGUCUAAACCCUGAAGAAUCAGGUCUAAAAACAUGCUGCGUUUAAAAUGGGCCGGGCCAAGCCCGUUAACAUUCACAAGUUUGUUUGAUGAGAGAACAAGCAAGACGAUUAGUUAUUAGACACUGUUAUGCUGAUUCUUGAGAAACACUAAUGGCUUUGUCUUGUCUUUUGCAGAUGGGGAGGCAGUAGCAGCAAAGGAAGAGUAAAUACAAGUCAAGUGAUAAAAAAUCUUAAAACAUUUAUUUUGUUUUGAUUCUCUUGUUAUCCUUUAAUCAUAUACUGAUGGAAAUUGUUAAUUAGGGAUGAUUACUUUGGGGUGUAAUUGUAAAAUCAGAUUAUCUUUGUGUUUUCCUGGUUUCUUUA